AUGCGGUUUCAGUUGCCUUGGGUAACAGAAAAGGACUGUUUAAGUCAAAAUUUGGAUAUUGCCAAACAGCGUUUAAACAGUACGACACACUGGUUGAUACAGAAGGGCAAAUUCGAGGAUUACGAAAAUGUUUUCACAGAUUGGUUAAAUGAAGGAAUUGUAGAGGAAGUUCCUGAACACGAAAUGAAUAAUCUGUGUCACUAUUUACCACAUAAAGGGGUAUUCAAAGAAACUUUGACCACGAAAUUGCGACCGGUAUUUGAUGCUUCCUGUAAAGACAAAAAUUCGCGCUCACUCAAUGAUUGCCUAGAAAAGGAUCCAAAUUAG